CGAAUCCACCGACGAUGAUGGAAUCCAACCCCUUUCGAUACGGCAAGUUCGUUCUCCCGCACUUCCGCUUCCCAUUCGAGCAUGCCGACCGAAAAAACAAGGAAAGCUACGAAAACCGCCGCUCAAAAGCGCGUGGGAUCAGCUGCCGACGCCGCUCCCAUUAGUGGCGCUCAGCUCGUCCCCGCAAGUUCUCCGUCACGAUUAACGGCGAAAACGAAACCCUAGGAGAGAGAAACCGAGAGAGGGAAGCUAGAUUGGCCGUAAUGGCGGGAGUGAGCCCUGGCCUCGUGAGGGCCGUCCUCUUGUUGAUGGGGCUCGGCCUCGCCGGGUAUAUAGUCGGCCCCCCUCUCUACUGGCACCUCGCCGAAGCCCUCGGCCGCUCCUCUGCCUGCUCCCCUUGCCUCUGCGACUGUUCCUCCCAGCCCCUCCUCUCCAUCCCGGAAGAAUUAAGCAAUGUCUCAUUUACAGAUUGCGCAAAACGUGACCCAGAGGUUAGCGAAGAAAUGGAUAAGAAUUUUACAGACCUCCUUGCAGAGGAAUUGAAGUUAAGAGAAGAAGAAGCAACAGAAGCACAGCAUCAUGCUGAUGUGACAUUGCUUGAGGCCAAAAAAUUGGCUUCACAGUAUCAAAAGGAAGCUGACAAGUGCAAUUCAGGAAUGGAUACCUGCGAGGAAGCCAGAGAAAGAGCAGAGGCUGCGCUCUUGGAACAAAAGAAAUUGACUGCACUGUGGGAAAUGAGGGCUCGGCAACGGGGAUGGAAAUUAGGGAAUGCCAAAUCCCGAUGAGAAAUUUGUUGUUCGGUUCAAGACUGUUUUGUGAAAUAGAAUGCAUUAUAUUUAAUCAAAGAAAUCGGCUGGAGUUCUCACUGAGGUUGCUUCUCGAAGAGGGCAGCACUAAUGAGAAAAUUGGUCAUGAGAUAUAACUGAUCGGAAUAGAAUCUGCAACAUCCUCUAUCUCAAUGUUGUUAGUUAUAAGAACUAGAAUGGUUCCUUGAUCUUUGAGGCCUCCUAGGGUGUAAUUCAUGUUUCAACCUCUCUGUUUACAUUGUAUUGGUUAAAAAGAUGGACUUUCCAAUGAUCUGCCUUGUGCUCCUACACUGUACUGCAACGGUAUCGAUCUGCUUAAGCUAAUGAAUUGCAUCUUCAUGUCUA